UGCACACAUUUGUUUUAAUCAGUAACCAGCAUCAGUCCUCCAUUUCAGUGAGGCUUGUGGCCUACACAGGGAAUGUAUUGAUUGGUUGAGGUAAAGCAAAUGCUGUUUGUGAGAAAUGACACUCCGCCAGGUACAUCUUUGGGUGUGGUUUCUAGCUGUUGGCAGGGUCAAGCCAAGGCCUUGAGGACUUUUCUGCCGACACGGAUGGAUUUACAGCUGUUUUUCUGCGGUAAGGAUGUGGCGGAGGGCAACUGAUCCAAACCAGCUGAUUGAGCUGAUCGGUCCUGACAUGACUGCCAAUGUGUGCUUGAUUCGGAUCUAUGACGACUGUGAAGAAGAAUGCGGGUUUGUUUGAGCAUCAGAGAGAUCCCACCUGGCUUUAAGCCUACAUGCCUGUGAAAUGACCGCAUCUCCUGCUUGCCCUCCCGUGGAGUGAGCAGUUGUCCUUGACAGUGAAACAGAGAUAAAGAGAGCCAUUCUCCUCCUAUGGAUUAUAGACCCAUAGGUCUGAACGCGCUGACGUGGGUCAGUCAUCUUUCACAGACUUCUCCCAGCGCCGUCAAGCUCCUUCGCCAUUCCGUAAAAUGCUGGAGUUGGAAUUUCUGGUCUGGACAAUUUAACUUCAGUUAUGAAUGUCCCUAUCUUUAGGACCAGAGGCACAGCAGACGAGGUCGUAGAAGCUUGAGAAGCGCCUCACCUCAGAAAUGCAGACCGAUGAUCUAUUUGCCAAGAAGCUUCAAGCAUUGAAUGGUAAUAUGGGACCUCCUGGUGCAAACACACAGGGAACACCAGCAGUGCCCAAGAUGGGCGUACGUGCAAGAGUGUCCGAUUGGCCACAGAAGAAGGAUGGCCACGGUCCACUGCCCAGAUAUGAAAGCCUAAUGACGACCUUCCAAAAUGGACAACCCAGUCAGUUGCCGGAAGAUGUUGUCAAACAAAGCCCAGGUUCUCCUCCCAACCCCAGCUUUCUGGAUGCAAAAUAUGGACUUGGUGAACUUCUAAACCACUCUCCUGGUAAAGUUCACCACGCUCUCCAGAAAAGGAGCAACAGUGACGUCACCAUCAGUGAUAUAGGGGCAGAGGACAUGGAUCAGACGGCAAUUAACCCCAAUACGGGUGCCACUUUACACCGAGAGUAUGGAAGCACAUCCUCCAUCAAUCGCCAGGGUUUGCCCGAUGAAGCGUUUUUUGGCAAUUUGAAGGUUUUCCAGCCAGAACUCUUGGAGCAACCAAGUGCACCACCUCCGCAUGGCUUUUCAGAAUUUCGCCGGUAUGAGGCUGCCAUUUCUCCAAGUCUUCAGACUGCUGCGCAAAUUGCACGGGGGGAUAUUCUCUGCAUUCCGAACUAUUCGGACUAUGUGGACAGUUCGCUCUUCUACAGCCGGGAAAGGGAGAAGUCUUUCCUACAGCGACAGAAAUCUGAAAAGGGUGAGACAUCCAUUUUCCGCAGGCUGAAAACCAUGAAAAGCGAGCAGAGGCAACUAAGCGACCAUGACGAUUGUAGUAGACAUGGUCGUCCAUUGAGUUUCCAGAGAUGUUUUGCCCACUAUGAUGUACAGAGUGUGCUUUUCAAUAUUAGCGAGGCUGUUACAAAUCGUGCCAACUUGGCACGACGGAAGAAUAUUACCACGGGGGCUUCUGCAGCAUCCCAACAUCAAAUUGGUGGGGCAGUGGACAGUCCUGACCCCCUGUCUGUUUGCGAAUCCCUUUUGGACAGCUGUGACGAGCUAGGUCAAAAAGCUUAUACAGAUCCUGAUGAAGGGGAUGGGAAGAGCAAUGGUUUGGUGCUAAGCUGCCCGUACUUUCGUAACGAGAUAGGUGGUGAAGGUGAAAGGAAACUGAGUGUCACCAAACCAAACAGUGGACCCCACAACAAUGUAGGUGACAGUUAUACCAUUGAGUCUACUUUAAGCUCACACUGCACCAAUGCGGGGGUUUCCGUCUUAGAAAUGUCCCGUGAGAAUUACGCCUCUCGUGAAAACUACGCUGUUCCACGGGAUUGCAUCAAACGCUACAUCAUUGAGCACAUUGACAUGGGUGCAUACUACUAUCACAAAUUCUUCUUCAAUAAAGAACACCAGAACUACUUUGGUGUUGAUGAGAACUUGGGCCCAGUGGCAGUUAGCAUUCGGAGAGAGAAACUGGAGGAGGGGAAGGAGGGACCACAGUAUAAUUAUAGGGUCAUCUUCAGGACCAGCGAGCUCACCACUUUGAGAGGCUCAAUUCUGGAGGAUGCCGUCCCCUCCACAGCUAAGCAUGGGACAUCCCGUGGACUCCCUCUUAAAGAGGUGAUGGAGUAUGUAGUUCCUGAGGUCAACAUUCAGUGCCUCAGACUGUCCACCAGCUCACCUAAAGUUCCAGAACAACUGCUGAAGCUGGAUCAGCAGGGGCUGAGUUACCAGCACAAAGUGGGCAUCCUGUACUGCCAGGCUGGGCAGAGCACAGAGGAGGAGAUGUACAAUAAUGAGAGUGGUAGUCCCGCACUGGAAGAGUUUCUAGAUCUACUAGGUCAGAAAGUCCGACUGAAGGGGUUCAACAAGUACAGGGCACAGCUGGACAACAAAACGGAUUCCACUGGCACUCACUCUCUCUACACCACCUAUAAAGACUUUGAACUGAUGUUUCACGUCUCUACAAUGCUGCCCUACACACCCAACAACAGACAACAACUACUGAGGAAAAGGCACAUUGGAAAUGACAUCGUUACCAUCAUUUUCCAGGAACCAGGAGCUUUUCCAUUCACACCCCAAAACAUACGCUCUCACUUUCAACAUGUCUUCAUCAUCAUCAAAGUCCACAAUCCUUGCACAGAGCAUGUGUGUUACAGUGUUGCAGUUGCCAGAUCCAAAGAUGUGCCUGCGUUUGGACCUCCUAUACCAAAGGGGGUGAUGUUCCCAAAGUCUGCUGUAUUCCGGGACUUCCUGCUGGCCAAGGUGAUCAACGGUGAAAAUGCGGCCCAUAAGUCUGAGAAGUUCCGUGCCAUGGCAACGCGUACCCGCCAGGAAUACCUUAAAGACCUUGUGGACAACUUUACCAGUGCAACGCCUGUGGACGCCUCGGGUGCAAAAUUCAGCUUUAUCACCCUAGGCGCCAAAAGGAAGGAGCGCAGUCGGCCAAGGAACAAUGCUCAUCUGUACAGUACGGGAGCCAUCACGUGGCCGGUGGUUGCUUGGGACAGUUGCCAGUCCACCGAUAUUGGUUGUUUGCUGGCCAUCUCCCGAGAGUUUGUGGCACUCAUUGAGGAAGUGUCUCGAGAAGUGGUUUUCAACUGUUACUGCAAGGACAUGAUUGGUUGGAGCUCGUCCUCAAUGGUGGGCAGGGUCAAGCUCUUUUACGAGCGCGGCGACUGUGUGGUGUUUUCCGUACAGGACGGAUGCCCAGAGGAAGUUCGAGAGGUCGUACAACGAUUAGAGAUGGUCACCAGGGGUUGUGAGGCGCUAGAGAUGACCCUGCGCAGAAAUGCCCUGGGCCAGCUGGGAUUCCAUGUCAACUUUGAGGGUGUGGUAGCCGAUGUGGAGCCAUUCGGGUUUGCCUGGCAGGCAGGACUUCGCCCCGGCUGCCGUUUGUUGGAGAUCUGCAAGGUCGCUGUUGGGACUCUAACUCACGAGCAGAUGAUUGAAUAUCUGCGGACCUCCUCACCUGUUACGGUGGUGGUCAUACAGCCACAUGAGGAUGGCACCCCUAGAAGAGGUGCCUCAGAGCUGUAUCGUGUCCCCAUCAUGGAGUACAAGACUCUUGGUACAGGGCCUGGUUGGCACAGGAUGACUCAUGUUCCCCAGGGGCUGCCGCUGUCUCGUGUUUCACCCACUCAGGGUCCAGAUCGACCCUCCCCGAGCCAGCAGAUGUUCCAGUACGCACAAGCUGCCAUCUCACGUAGCACUUCUUUUGAUAAGAAGUACCAGGAUGGUUCCAGGGUGUUGCAGGACUUCGAGAUGGUUCAGAGUCCAUCUGGAAAUCCCGGCCAGCACUACUGCAGUUCUCCCAGUAACCAAUCAACCUCCAGUGACCCCGGUCCCUGCGGCACAUGGGCCCAGAAAGCCAGUUAUGAUGGAUCGCAAUCACCUGCCCUUCACGACCAGCCAGAAGAAAAAGAAGGAGAUGGGCACAGAGAAAGGGAGCACAAGCUGGAGAGGACACGAUCUGCCGGUUCGCCUUGUGUUCCUGAAGCCAAAUGGCACAUCCCAUCCACCAAGAUCCUGAACCGAGGUUUACAGAGACAGGGAGCGAAAGAAUCACCUGGUAAAUUCCCUCGGACUGGUGAGAAGAGCUGCCACAGUCAUUGCUCCAGCCACUCCAGUAACAACACCCUCUCCAGCAAUGCUUCUAGCGGCAGUGACGAGAAACAUUUUGGUUCUGGAGACCCAAUGGAUCCAGAGUCCCUGGGUCUCACCUACAUAAAGGGGGCGUCCACUGACAGUGGCAUAGAUACAGCACCCUGCAUGCCCCCUCCACCUCCUGCCCUGCCCCUGACUGGGGUGGGACCCUCACGGAUGGUCAUGAGGGAUGGGAGGGUCGAGACGGGACUCCCGUGGCCUCUGGAAUACCAUGAGGAUGGUGAGACAGAUGAAGGAAGGGCAAAGAUGUUCCUGUCUCAAGGAUAUGUUGCUGCUACACCCACCGGUCACACCACGGAUGGCAGCACUGGAGACCUGAGUGAGAUCUCUUCGCUUUCAAGUGGUUCUCGUCAUUCUGGAAGCCCAUCUGAACGCUGCUUGAAGAAUUCCAGCUCCAUUGACCCCUCUAAAAUCUACAUUAUCUCUCCUACGGACACCACUCCAAUGGGAGGGCGGGAGAAGCACUCGCUUAGCUGCCAGUCACAUGGCGAAAAAUAUUUGACUGGCUGGAAGAAAGGAGAAAAUGACCACUUACUGGAGGAGCAAGGGCAAGCAAGAGACUUUAGGGGGCUGUAUUUGCGAGACCCAUCCCAGGUGGUUAACAGUGCUGGUGAGAAGCUCCAGACGCUCUCUAAGGAGGCCUUCCUCAGGAUGCUUCUACCCGACAGUCCCCCGGGGCAGGCAGGUCCUGGCAAGAUACCACUUGUCGGUCAGUCUCCACGCCGCUCCCUGUACCGGACGCUCUCAGAUGAGAGCUUGUGCAGCAGCCACCGGAGGGCGCUGUCUUUAGCGAGCUCUCGGAGCUCCAUGCUGGACCAGGCCAUACCCAAUGACAUCCUAUUCAGCAGCGCCCUGCCCUACCACAGCACCCUACCACCUCGCAUGGGUCUUAACCACGCUGCCAGUCAGCUCAAAAAUGAGCUCUGGUUCUCUGAUGGCUCACUGGCAGACAAGGCCAGGCUGGCAGACACUGGUAUGAUGCCCUUGCCGGACCCCUCUUCUGGUCUCGACUGGUCACAUCUUGUGGAUGCAGCGCGGGCUUUUGAAGAUCAGACUGCGACCUCUCUGAGCUCUCUGACUGAAGAAGAGCAGACCAAGAAGGUUCUGGAGCUCUCUGAGGAGCUGAACAGAAGAGUGGCAUGUGCGAAUGCCUCAACCUUACCUGCAGGGGAAGGUUCUCCUGCUCUGCUCACUGGGAAGGUUAACCAGCUGGAGCUCAUUCUCCGACAGCUGCAGUAUGACCUAAGGAAGGAGCAAGAAGACAAGGCUAUGCUCCAAGAGCAAGUUCAACACCUUCGACAAGACAACCUUCGACUGCAUGAAGAGAGCCAGACAGCAGCCGCGCAGCUGAGGAGAUUUACUGAAUUGUUUCUGAACACAAUGGACAAGAAACUUUGAGCUGAAGUAGUCCAUGAAUUCCCCUUGUUGUGCUUUGCAAACUACAUAACCCAAGGAUAAGUAGUCCAGCGUACUGUAAAAAAGAUGUUCGGGGAGAAAUUUCAGCAUUUGAAUGUGAACGUGUGCAGAGCUAAUAUGCUAACACACUAAAAAAAAAACUAAGUCAAAGUUGGCAGGACAUGAGAAUGUGAAUGAGAAAAGGGAGAGUAAGAAAUUAAAUAAGGUUUGUGAUAAGGGCUGGAAGGGAAAAAUUAAAUCGUUUAUGACCAAUCGAAGGGUACGAACACGUGGUGAUCGUGAAAGUGAAUGUAAUGCAAUAAGCGGUGAUUUCUUUCUAAAAUCUUUGAUUCCUUGGGCUUAACAUCUUCAAGCUACCGACGUAACUCAAGUUCACUCCUGGCUUUGUGGCUGUCCACCCCCAUCGUUUGUCAAAAUGUAGACCAGCCAGAUGCAACGUUCCUUAGUAUCCAAAGCUCCCCAAGACUAGGUGUACUGUAUACCUGUUUUUGUAAGUAACACAUUGAAACAAAUGUUGUAGCAAUAAUUUAGCUGAUGCUGUAAUCACAGAAUUGUUCAUUAAGAUUAGCACUGAGUGUGAUUUGGUUGUAUUCAAAAGCUUUUAUGUAGGGUUUUUUGUGUGCCUGAUGUUAUUGGUGGUAAAAGGAUCGUCCCUCAGUUGUUUUCGUUAAAUCAUAUGACUGUCUGAGUGCUUACAAAAUCCAUGCCCACUGCUCUUAUCCGUUAGGCGGCUGACUGGCUUUGUUUUACCCAAACAGACAUUAAACAGUUGAACUUGUGUGGGUGGGCCAGUACAUGCAGACUAGCACCUGUAAACCACUUAAUAUAAAAGCCAAAUUCUGCUUGUUGGUGUAAAGUACCUCAGAAAAGUGUCUUGUACCUUCGCCCUCUUAUUUAAGCUUAUUUAACCUAAGAUUGUUAUUUUAAUGAGAGUAUUUUCCUUUUCUGCACUAAAAAAAAACAAGAAAAAAAAAAAGAGUAAUGGCUCCAUGUGGCAGUACUUUGUAUACUUGUGUACCAUGUCAGCAGUACUGUGUAUAGCUUGGCUGAGAGAUAACUGUAAACAUAAAAUGGUUUAUUUCUGGGAUGUUCAGAUGUUCGGAUGCUGCUAGAGGACAGGAUGUUGUUUUUUAUGGCCUUUUAAAGAUGUUUUUAUUUCUUUGUAAAUCUGUUUUGUUGAGGUUGGGAUGAAAAGCUUACCUUUGUAAAAUAAAGUUUAGGAUGUCAAUAAAGUAAGACUCGUGUCAUUUUAAUAUGGA